AUGACGCUGUCGAGGCCAGAGGGCAGGCUGGAGCUGGGAGACCAGGGACCAGAGCUGGGGGGCCAGAGGGGAGGCUGGAGCUGGGAGACCAGGGACCAGAGCUGGGGGGCCAGAGGGGAGGCUGGAGCUGGGAGACCAGGGACCAGAGCUGGGAGGCCAGAGGGCAGAGGGGAGGCUGGAGCUGGGAGACCAGGGACCAGAGCUGGGAGGCCAGGGACCAGAGCUGGGGGCCAGAGGGGAGAGGGGAGGCUGGAGCUGGGAGACCAGGGACCAGAGCUGGGAGGCCAGAGGGGAGGCUGGAGCUGGGAGACCAGGGACCAGAGCUGGGGGCCAGAGGGAGGCUGGAGCUGGGAGACCAGGGACCAGAGCUGGGGGGGCCAGAGGGGAGGCUGGAGCUGGGAGACCAGGGACCAGAGCUGGGGGCCAGAGGGCAGAGGGGAGGCUGGAGCUGGGAGACCAGGGACCAGAGCUGGGGGGCCAGAGGGGAGAGGGGAGGCUGGAGCCGGGAGACCAGGGACCAGAGCUGGGGGGCCAGAGGGGAGGCUGGAGCUGGGAGACCAGGGACCAGAGCUGGGGGGCCAGAGGGCAGAGGGGAGGCUGGAGCUGGGAGACCAGGGACCAGAGCUGGGGGCCAGAGGGGAGGCUGGAGCUGGGAGACCAGGGACCAGAGCUGGGGGGCCAGAGGGGAGAGGGGAGGCUGGAGCCGGGAGACCAGGGACCAGAGCUGGGGGCCAGAGGGGAGGCUGGAGCUGGGAGACCAGGGACCAGAGCUGGGGGCCAGAGGGGAGGCUGGAGCCGGGAGACCAGGGACCAGAGCUGGGGGGCCAGAGGGCAGGCUGGAGCUGGGAGACCAGGGACCAGAGCUGGGGGGGCCAGAGGGGAGGCUGGAGCUGGGAGACCAGGGACCAGAGCUGGGGGCCAGAGGGGAGAGGGGAGGCUGGAGCCGGGAGACCAGGGACCAGAGCUGGGGGCCAGAGGGGAGAGGGGAGGCUGGAGCCGGGAGACCAGGGACCAGAGCUGGGGGGCAGAGGGGAGGCUGGAGCUGGGAGACCAGGGACCAGAGCUGGGGGGCCAGAGGGGAGGCUGGAGCUGGGAGACCAGGGACCAGAGCUGGGGGGCCAGAGGGCAGAGGGGAGGCUGGAGCUGGGAGACCAGGGACCAGAGCUGGGGGGCCAGAGGGCAGAGGGGAGGCUGGAGCUGGGAGACCAGGGACCAGAGCUGGGGGGCCAGAUGGCAGGCUGGAGCUGGGAGACCAGGGACCAGAGCUGGGGGGCCAGAUGGCAGGCUGGAGCUGGGAGACCAGGGACCAGAGCUGGGGGGCCAGAGGGGAGGCUGGAGCUGGGAGACCAGGGACCAGAGCUGGGGGGCCAGAGGGCAGAGGGGAGGCUGGAGCUGGGAGACCAGGGACCAGAGCUGGGGGGCCAGAGGGCAGAGGGCAGGCUGGAGCUGGGAGACCAGGGACCAGAGCUGGGCCAAUCUACUGAUGCUAGUGCCCCUGAUUAA